AGCUCUAAGCACAGUAGUUAUAUAGAUGUUACUAAGAGAAAUGCGUAAGCUUCCUUGACAGAAACACAGCUGUAAAACAUAUUUGUACUUUAAAAAAUAAAAAAUAAACCUUAAUUGCUUAGUUAGUCUGGGACGUUUUGAACGUUGAAGCUUAACAAAGAUACACGUAACCUACCAACUGCAAGUAAUAAAAGAAAAAGGGGGUGUAACGGCCAGCCUAUAGACUGCCAUACCCGGGUCAAGCUGCCUGCAAGACAGCUCAGCCAGGCUAUGUACCGUAAAAAACCCGUGGUCAAGAUCAAAACAGAGACGAUCGUGAAGAGGUAGACUAAUAGGGGAGAUUCGUGUUGACCACGAGUGAAGAAAUAAAUCCACAGAGAACCCCCAUUCUUUGUUUCCUGACAGCUGUCUUAUUAUGUGAAGGAGGAAAGAAAGCUGGUGAUGCUUUUUGAAGAAGAUGUGGUAAUGUGCGGCAAAGGCGUGAUGUGCCAGUGGGAGGCGGUCGGCAAGAGACCCGACAUCAGCCAAGAAGGUUCGAAACUCGAGGAUGCCUCAAGGAGAGGGGGCAGAGGUGGUAAGCACCGAUGGCACAAGCGUGGGAGGAAGGUGGGCAGGGCACCCUGGCAGCAGCAGACUCCUUACAACAAGCACGAUCGCCCAAGUUUACGUCCUUUUGGGAGAGAGACUCUGCGCCCUGUCAACGCGCAAGGGAACCGGGCGCCAGGUAUGAGAGCCCCACGAAACACGAACCAGUUUCUGAUGCACGAGAAGUACCAGCUGCUGCACAUGCGUUCAGACUCAGUUGGCACAGACAGCGGGUCGGACUGUGAGGUGGACUUCACAGACAUGGACUCCUACCUUGGCGUGCUCGAGAACGCCAGGGGGGCGCUGUUGGACAGCCCCGAUCUGCCCCUACCAUCCUCGGUGACGUUUUGCCCGAGGCAGCGUCCAAAGCGACAGGAAGUCAAUUUCUUUAGCUUUGGUGACAUGAUUGAUCAGGAAGAGAGCAUGCAGUAUUUUCCAUCCGAAGACGACGUGUUGCAAAGUGAAGAUUUCAUGCAAAAGGACUUUAUUGAAUUCUGUAACACAAUAGCUUAAGUACACCGCGUGUAAAACACAAAAGGACCUCGUUGCAUUUUGUUUCUGUUUUGUACAAAGACCAAAAGGUAUUUAUUUUGUAACUGUAACCAAACUGUGGUAUGGGGGGUGGAGUUAAAGAGUUACAACGAUACAGGGGUGCAGUUGUGUGUUCGAUGUUGUGUUGGAAGUUUGACGUGUUUCCAUUAAGCCUUUCUUGGUGUUUUAAAUGGGGAGGGGUUAGGCGAGAAGGAGUGAAUCCAAGCAGCCAAUUACUCUGAAUAUAAAAUGAUUGACUGGUACUGUGUGUUGGUAUUUUUGUUCCACCCCCUUUACCGAUAUGUUGUGUUUUUUUGUUUUGUUUUUGUUUUUGGUUUUUUUGACAUGGUUAUAACUGCUUCAACUUU